CACGCCUCCAGUUGUGCCAAGUAUAAAAGCCGGCUCUCCUCCAACCUCCACCGACAGACAGACAGACAGGUCCUACACUGCUAAAGUGAAAGGUCCGCUCCCGGUUUGAAUUCCCACAAACCGCGCGCUCAUGGUCUGUGCGUGAACCAAGAAAGAUGGAUGUGAACUCCUCGCUGUCGGAGCGCAGCUUGUUCGGCUUCAGCGCGCUGGCCAAGAGACUUUUGGGGAACAUAUCCGUGUUGGAGAACCACACUGCUAAAGCAGGGAAGGAGGAACUGGACGUGAACACGGACAUCUACUCCAAGGUGGUCGUCACCGUCAUUUACGUGGCCCUGUUCGCUGUCGGCUCUCUCGGAAACUCCAUAACGCUUUACACCCUGCUGUCCAAGAAGAGCCUCCAGAACCUCCAGAGCACCGUGCACUACCACCUGGCAAGCCUCGCCGUGUCGGACCUGCUCAUUCUCAUAAUUUCCAUGCCCAUCGAGAUCUACAACUUCAUCUGGGUCCACCACCCGUGGGUGUUUGGGGACGCCGUGUGCAGGGGCUACUUCUUCCUGCGGGACAGCUGCUCGUACGCAACGGCGCUCAACAUCGCCAGCCUGAGCGUGGAGCGCUACAUGGCCAUCUGCCACCCGUUCAAAGCCAAGAGCAUCAUGUCCCGGAGCCGAACCAAGAAGCUGAUCAGCGCCAUGUGGCUCGCGUCUUUCGCGCUCUCCACACCCAUGCUCUUCAUCAUGGGUCAAACUAUAAGUAAAGACGAAGAGAUCUGCACCACCAUCGUGCCUCAUGGGACCAUGAAGACCGUUCUCCAGAUUAACGCCUUCCUCUCCUUUGUGGCACCGAUGGUCGUCAUUUCUGUGCUGAAUGGAAUUAUCGCCAAUCAACUGGUGCGGAUGUUUCGUGAGGCAGAGCAGGACAACCGCAUCUGCAUCACGGGGGGGAACGCCACCAUGCUGAGCUUCACAGUGGAAUCCAACCGUGCCCAGUCGCUUCGCCAUGGAGUUCUUGUUCUACGUGUGGUGGUCAUAGCCUUUGUGGUCUGCUGGCUGCCCUAUCACGCUCGCCGCCUCAUGUUUUGUUACGUCUCCGAUUGGUCAAAUGAAUUGUAUGACUUCUACCAUUACUUCUACAUGUUGACCAACGUCUUGUUUUACGUGAGCUCAGCCAUCAACCCAAUCCUCUACAACCUGGUGUCUGCUACUUACCGCCAGAUCUUCUUCUCCACGCUGCGGUACUUCUUCAUGCCGUGUCGCCGUGCCCCCCAAAGGCAGCUGUAUCCUCUGACCCGCCACUCCAUCAGUAUCUCCAGCAACCACACCCUGUCCACCCACAUGAUUAAAGAAACAGCAUACUGAAAAUCAAGCUGCCAUUAACCCUCUAAUGCCAGGAACAACUCGCUUGACAUGUCCACCCAAAUAAAAAGCUUGUAUUUGAUUCGGAAUGAAUUUAGUGUUCCAUUGAUCCAACAAUUCAGCCUAAAAUAUUUGUUCAAUCCAAAAAAAAUGUUGUGAAACUGUACUAUUACCUCAUCAGUCAUCAGCAGGUACUAUAACUGCGCUUUGUGUUAUUUGAGUGAGCAACUGUGGAGAAACCUGACUUUGAUGUAAGAAAGCAAAGAAACAGGUUUGGCUUGAGCUCACAUCAGUGUGUGAUAAUGCCUUUAAUUGUUAUGUCUUGUUGCAGUAAAGCUUUUGCCUCCAGUGAGGGAUGGGAGUGGGGGUGGGGGUUAUCAAAAGACUGAUGUUUACUUUUUGAUUUUAUAAGUGAGAAGAUUUUAUAUAAAUAGUUUUUCUGUGUUUAAAUCAACCUGUACAAAUCGUCGAAUUUCUGAAAAUAAAUGUUGAUUGUUUUUUGAACACAUCGAUGGCUUCAGUGACAUGGAAAUAACAUAAUAAGGGAUCACUUUAGGAACUGGUGCCUCCAAGGUUUCCUUUAAUAGGAAGAUGUGGGAAGAACCUAAUUUCAUCAUUGGCUGAGGCACGUGACAGCCUCAAAGGAGGAUUACUGUAAAGACACACCAUUGCCAGCUUCCUCAACAUCCUGGGACUCCCAACAACGCUAAGCCAAUCUGGCUUUUUUCGUCAUUCUCAUUGACUUUCAGCAUUUUUAACGACACCUGUGAGAAGUGACACAUUAAUGAAACAGACUUCAAAUUAUUCUGGGUGGGUUCCACCAAUGGCAGGUUCUGGUUAUUUCAGUACCUCAACAUCUGUAUUUGUUUCCUGUCUUGUAUCCUGGUGAUGAAUACUUGGUUUCACAAAAUGUACAAAGGAAUAAAAUUUCAUUAAUGGAAAUAAAGGAUUUAAGAAAUUGUAUAGCUUCCUCAGUUGAAUAAAAUUGAAUUUCACACUCA